AUGAAACUUCCUGAAACAAAUAAAACGUAUAUUAACUGGAAGGAUUAUAUCCUUUUUAGAAAAAUUUUUGAAUCGUUGCAAAUAUCUAUACAAAUUUCUGAAGAUAUUAUUAGUUUCAUUGUGCAGAAUCCUGUUCACGUAGGUGUGGAACGCAAUAAAUUUAUUAAUAUUUGUCAGAUAAUAAGAGACCUUUUUAAUAUUAUGUCUUCUAAUGAUUCUUGUAAAAACGGAAAAUGUUGUAACUAUAUUAACUACUAUAUUAGAGAACAAAUUAAACAGUUUUUUCCUUUAAAAGUAAAUGAUAUUUUUGAACAUUUUAAGAAAUAUGUUGAAAGUAAGAAAACUAAUGAAUCUUAUAAAACAUGUAUGCCGGAAAUAAAAUAUAUACAAGAACAAGAAUUUGAUAAAAUGAAGGAAUUAUAUCAGCUAUAUGAAUAUUAUGAAUCUAUUUUAAAUCCGGACUCAGAAGAUAAUAGCGAUCCUAAUGGUUGCAGCGAAAUAAAAGAUUUCAUUGUAUCAUAUAAUGAAUUUAUCGAAACAUAUAAUGAUGAUAUACCUUUGCACGAAGAAUUAAAUCAUCUCAGAUGCUCAAUUGAAUAUAAUGAUUUAUAUAAUAAUUGCAAAAAAAAACAAUAUUUAAAGGAAUAUUCAGAAAGAAACAAUACGUACUUUAGUGCAAGUACUUAUAUUCCACAUGCUAAUAUGAAUGUUAUAAUACCAACUACACUUAGUAGUGUAUUUUUAGGAAUAGUACUUUAUAUUAUCUAUAAGUUUACUGCAUCAAGAAAUUAUUUACGAAACCGCUUUCUCAGAAUGAGAAGAAUGAAUAGAAAUAUAAUUGACGAAACGUACCAACAUGAAAUGUGUAACAAAAAACAUUAUCAUGGUGCGUUGAAAGAAAAAUGUUAUAAUGUAUCAUAUGUUUCAGAAAGAAAAUACUAA